AUGGAGCGACACGAGUCUGAGAAAUGGCAUGAGCAUCCCUACGAUGAUGCACAAUCCUCCUCCGAGUCCACAGAGUUCCUAGCAAAGCUGGAGUUACGGAAACCACGAACGCCACUUCGAAAAUAUCUGGAUCUGCGUCUUCUUUUCGAAGCUGGUCUAAUCAUAAUCAUCAUAGCAAUGUUGAUAUCUGGUGCGAUGAAUCGGCGAACACCAGAUUUUAAGAAUGUCACAUACGGCCCAACCCUUCCACGGAAAAAAGUAGUUUUUGGAAACACCGCUGGCUUUGGUCCCGAGAUCACGUACCAUGACACUGAAAUGAUGCGCAACGCGACAAGAAUGAAGGAGAUCCAUAGAAACUGGCAGCAACUUUUCCCGACGGGCAGAGGCUACGUGCGUGUCAGCGAAAAUGAAGACUUCGAAGUCCUCCAUCCGCCAUUCCAGAUGAAGGAUGUUCUUGAAGAAGGCGAUCAUUAUGAAGGGUAUAUCAUGUCCGUCUAUCAUCAAUUGCAUUGUCUGUCUAUUUUAAUGACAGCCCUAGGCACCUCCCGCGAGGAAUGGGCUGUCUUGGAGGACCAAAAGGUUGAGCACAGGGCGCACUGUGUCGAGUAUCUCCGUCAGAGCAUUCUUUGCUCUGCCGAUACGACCCUGGAAGGAGAGACGGGGGCAUGGGCCAGAAGCACAGGCUGGGGCCAGACGCAUUCCUGCGUCGAUUUCGAUGCAUUGACAGAAUGGGCGAAUAAAAGGGCGAUUUGGGAUCUGAGCGAUAAGCUUCUUCCUAUAUCUUUUGACCCUCUUCGUCCUCCAGAAGAGAAGGAGGAUGAGAACAACGACCACACAGUCUGA